AUGUUGCCCGUGCGGCCGCUAUACCUCUCGAGGUGGCACUGCCUGAAGAAUUGGCUCCUGCAUGGAGGCUGGCCUUCGAGGAGGAGUGGUGCUACGUCUAGCCCUUCGCCGGAGCAGCCAGGGCUGCCGACCGGUCUCUACGACUGCCGCAACUUCCCAAAGAGCCUGGAGCUGGCUCCUCCACAGAUGUGGGAAGAGUUCGACUUUUCCUGUGCCGACACGCUUGAAUCUCAACUUCAGCAGAAGCGCCACCUUACCUUCUCAGUGCCGCCUUGUGCGGAGGUGGGUGGCGUCCUGCUGUCCAUGCGGGCUCAGCUUUGCCCCGGCGUGGACCUGGACACCAGACGAGACGAAACCUCCUGGAAUCAUUACCUGCUGUGUCUGCCGUGGCAGCAAGUCGACUAUUCGGGCAAGCUGGCGACUUGA